CUGUGGUCUCUGGGUCUGCAUGUCCCCUGCCUUGGAUGGUGACACUUUCCUCGCACAGCCCGAGAAGACGUUCAGCGGAGCCGGGGAGAGCAGGGCUUGUCAAUGGAUCGGCUAAUCUCCAUCUGGCUACAACUAGAGCUCUGUGCUAUGGCCGUUCUCCUCACUAAAGGUGAAAUUAGAUGCUACUGUGACGCUCCGCACUGUGUUGCAACUGGAUACAUGUGCAAGUCGGAAUUAAACGCCUGCUUUUCCAGGUUGCUUGACCCACAGAACAUCAAUUCACCACUCACGCACGGCUGUUUGGACUCUAUUGCAAACACAGCAGACGUGUGCAAGGCCAAAGGCGCAGGGAGCCAGAGUGGGGCAUCUAUACCCAAGUUGGAGUGCUGUCAUGAAGAUAUGUGCAAUUACAGAGGCCUGCAUGAUGUACUUUCUCACCCCAGGAGUGAAACAUCAGGCGCUGGUGGCAGGUACCAACACGAAAGCACAAGAAACCUUAUCACAAAGGUCCAGGAGCUAAAUUCCUCCAAGGAACUGUGGUUCAGAGCAGCUGUCAUAGCUGUCCCUAUAGCCGGUGGACUUAUACUGGUGCUACUUAUAAUGCUUGCACUCCGUAUGCUCCGCAGUGAGAACAAGAGACUAAAAGAUCAGCGGCAGCAGAUGCUGUCCAGACUACAUUACAGUUUUCACGGUCACCACACGAAGAAAGGACAAAUAGCCAAGUUAGACUUGGAGUGCAUGGUGCCGGUCACCGGGCACGAAAACUGUUGCUUGACCUGUGAUAAAAUGAGGCAUACAGACCUUGGCAAUGACAAAAUAAUCUCACUGGUACACUGGGGGAUGUACAGUGGACAUGGCAAGCUGGAAUUUGUAUGACCAUGUUGGACAUCUUGGUCCGGUAGAGCCUCUGCUGGGUAGAAGCACUUUAUCUUUAAACACAAACUGUUAUCCUAAGAGGAGGAAGUUGGAAUCUUCUGCACAGCGGGAUGUUUGAAGUUUUCUGGUGGAAGGUUCCAAAAGAUGUCUUAUUUGCACAGAUUAAGAGUUUAAAGGGGGGGAGGACACUUUUGUACUAUGGUUUUUUUUUUUUCUUUAUUUUGUUGAAAGACGCCAGAUGUAGAAAAGUUGUACACACUGUCACCAAGGUUUCCUGAAUUUUAGGGAGCCAAUAUUGGUUAUUGAAAUAAACUGUACACAAUGUACACAUUUCUAUAUACAUGUUUAAUGUAAAGAAUUUUUAAAUAUAUAUUUUG